AUGUAUCGUAUGCCGGAGGAGAUCGCGGUUAAGGUGCUCGUCGAAGGGGAGGUGAAGGAGAUGUCCAUCAAACUCGAGCGGUUCGAGGGGACAAAAGUGUUUCAGGGAGGUUACCGGCAUAGGGGCACUGGCAGAUUGUUUCACCACGCGUCGACCCAGUUCGGGCAACGAGAGCGCCCUGUGAAGAACACCGAUCACCUUCGCACUCGGGACACGCAGACGUGUAAGAUCAAAACGACAACCAUGCAGACGACAAACGAGUGUGGUACGCAGAUGGCCCGCAAGGACAUGCACCUCGACGACGGGUGCGACACCUUCAAGAUCGCGGGCGAGUAUCGGACUGCCGGCGAGUAUUGGAGAGUGCGAGAGCGAAAAACCGUCACAAUACAGCGCUUUUGGCGGGGAUUCUCUGCGCGCAGCCGUGUCUGGUGUCGGCGGGAAGAAAAGUGGGCCCUUGAGGAGAAGGAGAUGGAAGAGGUGGCAGAGGAGGAGGGCAAGAGGACCCAAGAGAAGCAGCGGGAGAUGCAGCGGCGCAUGAACCCGAGCACCGUCCAAGACUUUGAGGUCCUCUACAACGAGCUCGACCAGUGGAGGGAGGCGGAGACCAAGAGCAUCAAGCAAGCGGAGGUCGGGGAGCGGCGGAAGCUGGCGCUGCGGGAGCUCUUGCACAAGGAGACGAGGCUGCUGCAGACCAUCGACCGCCUCAAGAUCACGGCGGCGCACGAGGGCAAGGAACGCCGUACGAGGCGCAUGCUGGAGCUCAUGUCGGCCUCGAAACAGUGGGAGAUGGGUGACGGCGAGGUGUCAGAGAUCCACACGCCUUGGACGAACCGAGCACGAGACCUUCAGGACAUGUACGAAGCCCUCGAGGCCCCACUCCUGAGCGUCGAAGAGCGCCUAGACGUCCUCUUGCACCUAAAGUGGACCGUCAGCGAGUUCGACUGCCGGCUGACCCGGGACAUCGCGGAGCUGGUCGACAGGGAGGCGGACCUGUUGAGCCGGGGGCGGGGGGAGGCCAGCCUGCGGCCGCUCCGGCAGCGCAUCCGCAACCUGUUCUUGCGGUUCGCGGAGACCCCGGACUUCAACCCGGAGGCCUCGCGGUUCAUUCGAGUGCCGCCCAAGUACGGGAAGCUUACGGACGAGGGGAUGGUGGGCUUGACAGGGGUGGUCUCAUGCAAGUGA